AUGGCACUUCGAUCUCAGAUCUUAAAUUCCGCAUUACCUCUUCUCACUUCCCAUUCUUUCGCUCGACCGACACUCAUACACGCUCUACGUAAUCUCAAGCCUGAAGUGACGGAUCCGGAAGCUGUUAUAGAUACGAUAUUCGGUUCUGGGUCUGUUGGAGCUUCUAAAGCUCUAGUGCAACAAUGGGAGGAAGGAGGGUUGGAAGUUAUGCGUCAUUCAGUCAAGAGUGGAGACAAAGAUAUAACGAAUGUAUUAAGAAGGAGGCUGGAAUAUAGUUCUCAGGUUGGCCCAAAUCUAAUUGAGGCUCACGCAAAUCUAACUACACCAACCUCAUCACUUUCCUUACCACUACCUUCUAUACCGAUCAUAUUAACUUUAUUGUCAAGUUUACGUUUACCUACGAAAUACAUCCCACCUUUACUUGCUGCUUCUUCCGCUUUAUCAGGUACGAAACAAGCAUCGACUAUCUUGAGCAAGGUAUCACAAGUGACAGGUGAUCGAAUACCUUUGAUAACUAUAAAUCCUCUGGGACCAUUAGGGUAUGCAUGGAGAAUUGCUGAUGAAGCUUUAUACCUUACUGAAGAGAAAGGCAAGGUUAAAAGAGGUUAUUGGAAUGAACCUACUGGUCCCGGUCCCGAAUGGUACACUAAACGAAUAGGUUUAUCGUUGGUCUACCUGUCUUCAGAAUCCACUCUCCUCAAAUCAUACCCGUCUUCUGCAGCUACGCCAGAUUUCAAUACCCACCUUCCGGACGCUCUUUCAUCUUUGGAAUCCAAUCUUGCAAGGUAUAAGUCUACCAUCGAAAGUUUAGAAAGAAGUGAAGAAAAUCUAGGUGAUGUAGGUGGAUUUAUAGAUUACGUAGCUAAAUCGUGGAGUGGUCUGAUCAAGAGCAGAUAUUUCUGA